CGAAUGUUGGAGGCGCGUUUGUUCCACCGGGGGACGCAGUGGAUCCGGUACGGUCUGGUUUUUGCCAAAGAUAAAGAUUUUUACUGACGAGUUCUAUUCUUUGCCGUAUUUUCAACAAGCUAAUAUCAUAAUUUUCUGCUUGGUCAAGGUGACACAUGAUAUAAUCUGUUGUACGAUGUCUACUCACAGCCUCGGCAUCCAGCACGCGUCCGGUUUGUCCGCCGCCGAUGCUUCUAGCGACACCGCAUUUGCCAACGAGCUUGCGGCACUCGCUCCGGGAGCAUAUCAAGACGAAUGGGGUGACGAUUUCGACUUUGAGGACGAUGAUCAUAUCGCUGUCAAAGCUGGGGAUCAGAAAUCCCCGUCGAAAACAAGCGGG